AUGGUCCAGCGUAAUUCCGAUACAUUGGGUACCAUAGAAAAUAGUGGUAAUUCCAGAAAUCAUGGAUACAUAUCUCUUCCCACUUCGGAUAUUUUGAACACAGAAAGAAUUGGACGUACUCUUAGAGGAAUUGGAGAACACGUCGUAGAAGAAAUAUAUCUGGAUGAUGAUAAUUCAGAAGAAAUUGAACAUUUCAACUACAAACAUGAACUUCGAAAUAAUUUCUCAGUGGCUUCCAUUGUGGGAUUGGGUUUCUCUUUAAUGAACGUUCCAUUUGGUAUUUCCACAACGCUUUCGGUUGGAUUAAUAUGUGGAGGAAGUGUGACAAUCUUUUGGGGAUGGGUUUUAUUUAGUUUCUUUACUAUUCUUAUUUCAUUAUCACUUAGUGAGAUUGCAUCCAAGUUUCCAACUUCCGGUGGUGUCUAUCAUUAUGGAUAUCUUUUAGCCAGUAAGGAUUAUGCGCUUCCCGCCUCCUGGUUUACUGGUUGGUUUCUUAUUAUUGGAAAUUGGCUCAUGUUUGUUUCAUGUGCUUUCGGCGGAUCACAAUUCAUACUAUCGAUAUUCGGACUAAAGCAGUCUGAUUAUAAACAUGAUGAUCUAAUUGUUUUUUUGUUAUACAUCGUUAUAGUUGUGCUGGCAGGUCUUGUUAACCUUCAAUUUCAGAAGCACCUUGAAAAGCUCAAUACUUUAUGCAUCUACUGGACAAUAUAUACAAUUUUGAUUAUGGACAUUCUUUUGAUUAUCUUUUCCACAGAGCACCAUGAUAUUAAAUAUAUUUUUACUCAUUUUGAUGGGAAACGAAGUGGAUGGCCCAACUGGCUUGCAUUCAUAAUUGGUGCCAUUCAGUUUUCAUCUAUGACAUUUAAUGGCUAUGGAUCCAUUGUUUCUAUGAGUGAAGAGGUGAAGAAUCCAGAGCGUUCCAUUCCAAAGGGAAUGAUAUUUGCUGUGUUAAUGAGUUCUGUUAUUGGAAUAUCAUUUAUUCUACCGAUUUUAACGAUUCUCCCAGAUCUCACAAAGCUCCUUGAUGACAAUCCAGAUAUUUUCCCAAUAGACAUAGUUUUCAAGCUUUCCACAAGAUCAUUUUUGGUUUCUAUGGUUUUAGUUCUCCUUAUUGUGGGCUCUCUUUUCUUUGCAACUAUAGGAACCUUGACUACAGCGUCAAGAGCUGUCUAUGCAUUUGGAAGAGAUCAUGGAUUGCCAUUUGAUAACCUAUGGCAGAAGGUGGAUACUACAGAAGGUGAACAAAUAGUUCCAACAAAUGCUUUGCUUCUUUCUGUUUUCGUCGCUUGUAUUUUUGGACUUUUUUCUCUGGUAUCAUCGUCCGCAUUCAGUGCAUUUAUCGGGUGUUCUGUUAUUGCUUUGAAUGUUGCGAAUGGUAUUCCGAUAUUAGGGUCAAUAUUAAAUAAAAGAAAGAAGAUAAGGGGUGCAGCAUUUAAAUUUAUUGAUGUUGAGUCGAUGAAUUACGCUUUCGUUGUGUUUUUCUUGUUUGCAUUUUUUAUUACCGCUUUGUGGUAUAGUUGGGGAAAAUAUCAUUUUCAAGGCCCUCUCAUCGAUCAUUCGUUUUUCCUAGAAAAUUGUGGAGCUAAUAUUCCGUUAUCAUCUGUCUCUGUGAAAUCAGAUCCUAAUGUUUCCGAGUCGGCUAUUUUUUCAAAUGAUGAAAUGUCUUCUAAUAUGAGUUCGAAACUGGAUGAUUCGGAAAAGAAAUUGGAUAAUAAAAUUCGGGACCCUGCGCCAAAUAUAUUGUCAGCAUUAGAGGGAUCUGCUGAUCUUCAUGAAAUUGAUCUUGGAGAUCCUGGACGCAGAUAA